AGCCGAGCUCCAGCGCCGGCGGUGGCAGCGAGCGGCGAGCACGGACUCGGUGGAACUGGCUUUGCCAUGGGACACCUGCGGCUCUUGGGGACCUGGGGCCUCUGGGGGCUGUUCCUCUGUGCCGCGCAUUCCCGCACAGAUGGCCCUAAAAUAAUCCCCAGAGUGACAGAAAUAAACCCUAAAUAUGGCAGUAUAAAUGGAGCAACGAGGCUGACUAUCACAGGAGAAGGUUUUUCUCAAGCAAACCAGUUUAACUAUGGAGUUGAUAAUGCUGAGUGGGGAAACAGUGUGCAGUUAGUUUCUUCCUUCCGGUCAAUUAUUUGUGAUGUAGAAAAAGAUGCAAGUCAUUCAACUCAGAUUACAUGCUAUACUAGAGCAAUGCCAGAAGAUUCGUACACUGUUAGAGUCAGCGUGGAUGGGGUUCCUAUUGCAGAAAAUAACACCUGCAAAGGGCAUAUCAACAGCUGGGCAUGCAGCUUCAAUGCAAAAAGUUUCAGAACUCCAUUAAUAAGGAAUAUCACACCUUUAUCUGGGACUCCAGGUACACUAAUAACAAUCCAAGGCAGAAUCUUCACUGAUGUCUAUGGAAGUAAUACUGCACUAAGCUCAAAUGGGAAAAAUGUCAGGAUUUUGAGGUAAUUUUUUUUAUGUGGAA